AUGACUCGAAGAGAGUGGAAACCAAUCAGAUUAUCACGCGGAGGGCCGCAACUCUUCCAUAUGUGCUUUGCUGAUGACCUCAUUCUUUUUGCGGAAGCUUCAGUCUCCCAGAUUAAAGUUAUAAGGAGAGUUUUGGAACGUUUCUGUUCAGCCUUAGGACAGAAAGUUAGUAUAGAAAAGUCAAAAAUCUUCUUCUCUGAAAAUGUUAGCCGUGAUUUGGAGAAGUUGAUCAUAGCUGAAAGUGGAAUACAGGCAACAAGGGACCUGGGAAGGUACUUAGGUAUGCCUGUCUUGCAACGUAGAAUCAAUAAAGAUACAUUCGGGUACAUCCUUGAGAGAAUGUCUUCACGGCUGACGGGUUGGAAAGGGAAAUGCUUGAACCUCGCAGGUAGAAUCACGCUCACCAGAGGGGUGUUAUCCACCAUACCAGUACAUACAAUGAGUAUUAUUUCGCUCCCUAAGUCUACUUUGGAGAAGAUUGAUCAGAUCUCGAGGUCUUUCAUCUGGGGAAGCACACAAGAACAGAGGAAACAACAUCUCUUGGCUUGGUCGAAGGUCUGUAAACCGAAGAAUGAAGGUGGUCUUGGCAUACGCUCAGCAACUGCCAUGAACAAGGCGCUGCUUGCAAAGGUUGGAUGGCGGUUAUUACAUGAUAACGUCAGCCUUUGGACUCGAGUGGUCUGUAGUAAAUACAAGGUCAAAGAUGCUCAUGACACGAGCUGGUUGAUUACUAAGGGAACAUGGUCUUCGACUUGGAGAAGCAUCGGUCUGGGACUAAGAGAGGUGGUAAUCCCAGGGAUACGGUGGGUCAUUGGAGAUGGCAAGAGCGUAAGUUUCUGGAAAGAUAAGUGGUUAUUCCCUAAAACACUCUGCGAGCUAAGCAGCAUAACGCUACCAGACGGCAUAACAGAACGACGUGUGUGUGACUAUUGGCAGAACGGGACCGGUUGGGCAAUUGAGCAGAUCGAACAGCUUGUUCCGGAGAUGGUGACGCUGUCACUACGGGCCCUAGUAAUCGGCAAUGUCACUGGCUCAAGAGAUCGCCUGUCUUGGGGGGGAAGCUCAGACGGAAAGUUUUCAGUGUGCUCCGCUUACUCCCUCCUUCAAAAGGAUGAUACACCUCGACAUGACUUGUCUGCUUUAUUCAGUAGGAUUUGGCGCGUGACUGCACCGGAGCGAGUGCGCUCAUUUCUAUGGUUAGGAGCUCAUCAAGUGCUCAUGACCAAUGUCGAGAGGCACAGGAGACACUUAACCAAUUCUGGGAUGUGUCAAGUUUGUAGGGGAGGAGAUGAAACUAUUAUCCAUAUUUUGAGGGAUUGCCCUGCAAUGGCAGGAGUUUGGCUUCGACUGGUUCCACGGAGAAGACACCAAGAGUUCUUUGCUGCAUCUUUACUUGAGUGGUUGUACUCGAGCCUUGGCGAUAGUAGUAAGUUUGAGAACACAACAUGGGCUACACUGUUUGCCAUCACGGUCUGGUGGGGAUGGAAGUGGAGGUGCAUCAACGUGUUUAAGGUCGAUGGGAAGUGCCGGGACAGAGUGAGGUUUGUGAAGGAUCAAGCGAAUGAGGUGACGUUGGCGUUAAGUAAACGGGCACCGUGCGUCCAAUUACAACGGACCAGAGUGGAGAAAGAGAUCAAGUGGAUAUGUCCUGAUCCGGGUUGGAUAAAGAUUAACACAGAUGGAGCUUCGAAGGGCAACUCUGGUUUGGCCUAUGCAGGUGGAGUCAUCCGGGAUGCGAAUGGCGCUUGGUGUCAAGGCUUUGCCCUGAAUAUUGGGAUGUGUACUGCCCCACUUGCUGAAUUAUGGGGUGUAUACUAUGGACUUGUGAUUGCGUGGGAGAGGAGAUCACAGAGAGUGGAGUUGGAAGUGGAUUCGGAAGUAGUUGUUGGGUUUCUCAAAUCAGGGAUCAGUGAAGUGAACCCUUUGUCUUUCCUGGUAUGUUUGUGUCAUGGCUUAAUCUCAAGGGACUGGAUAGUCCGUAUCUCUCACGUGUAUAGGGAAGCUAAUCGUCUUGCCGAUGGGUUAGCUAACUAUGCGUCCUCGUUAUCAUUAGGCUUUCAUCUUUUUGAUUUUGUCUCGGAUAUUGUUAAUCCGAUAUUGUUAGAGGACAUAGUUGGGGUAUCCUUCCCACGUCGUGUUCCUUUGUAG